GUGUUUUCCCCAGUGAAACCGAAUCCUCCAGCUGUGGUGUCCCAGGCGCCGCCUCCCUCUGUGCCCCUGCCCGGCCCUGAGCAGCCUGUUGUGCUGUCUGCAGUCCUAACUAUUCUGCAGGUCACCAGCCCUGAAGAUGAAGUUUUGGCUGCUGCUCGGACUUCUGUUGCUACACGAAGCGCUGGAAGAUGUUGCUGGCCAACAUCUUCCUAAGAACAAGCGUCCAAAGGAGCAAGGAGAAAACAGAAUCAAGCCAACCAAUAAAAAGGCCAAACCCAAGAUUCCUAAGAUCAAGGACAGGGACUCAGGUGACACAACUGCAAAGAGCCAGUCCAUCAUGGUGCAAGCGAUGGACAACGGUCGCUUCCAGAGGCCUGCUGCCACAGUGAGUCUCACAGCAGGGCAAACUGUAGAGCUCCGAUGUAAGGGCAGCAGAGUGGAGUGGAGCUACCCUGCCUACCUGGACACCUUCAAGGACUCCCGCCUCACCGUGAAGCAGAAUGAACGCUAUGGGCAGUUGACUCUGGUCAACUCCACCGCAGCCGACACGGGUGAGUUCAGCUGCUGGGAGCGACUGUGCAAUGGCUACAUCUGCAGACGGGACGAAGCCAGAACAGGCUCCACCUACAUCUUCUUCACAGAGAAAGGAGAGCUGUUUGUGCCUUCUCCCAGUUACUUUGAUGUUGUCUACCUGAACCCGGACAGACAGGCCGUGGUUCCUUGUCGAGUGACAGCACCCGCAGCCAAAGUCACGCUCCACAGGGAGUUUCCCGCCAAAGAAAUCCCUGCCAACGGAACGGACAUUGUGUACGACAUGAAGAGAGGCUUCGUGUACCUUCAGCCUCAUUCCGAUCACCAGGGUGUGGUCUACUGCAAAGCGGAAGCCGGGGGCAAGUCUCAGAUCUCCGUUAAGUAUCAGCUGCUCUAUGUAGAGGUUCCCAGUGGCCCUCCAUCAACAACCAUCUUGGCCUCCUCCAACAAAGUGAGAGGCGGGGAUGACAUCAGCGUUCUCUGCACUGUCCUAGGAGAGCCUGAUGUUGAGGUAGAAUUCAGAUGGAUUUUUCCUGGGCAGAAGGACGAAAGGCCUGUGACCAUUCAAGACACCUGGAGACUGAUUCACAGAGGACUGGGUCACACCACAAGAAUCUCCCAGAGUGUCAUUACUGUUGAAGACUUUGAGACCAUUGAUGCGGGCUAUUACAUAUGCACAGCUCAGAAUCUCCGAGGACAGACCACAGUAGCUACUACUGUUGAGUUUUCCUGAUUUGGAAAAUGAAGAGUGGACCAGUAGGAUGCCCAUCUGCACACACAGCUUCUCGGUGCUUUAUAGAAGGCCAAGGGCCAACCCCUGCCAGAGGGUCAGACAGACAUCCAAAUGAAAAGGAAGUCAUUAGUCUAGUAUAAACUUUUCUAACAAAGUAUGUAUUUUGAUUCAGCCAUGUUUCUACUUUUUAUACCAAGAAAACAUGUCAACAACUUUGUAUCAGUCAUUUCUAUUAAAUGAGCAGGAUUUUAUAAAAA